ACACGAAAUAGCAACAACGCAAAUUUUCAUCCUUCCUUCUCUAUCUCUCCUCUCUCCCCUUCUCUCUUCUAUAUCUCUUUCUGUAUACAUAUAUAUACAUACAAUAUUUCAAUCUAUCUUUACAAUCAAAGCCGUAUGGCUAUGCCUGAUCACUUCCACAACUACCUUCAGCAACAAUCAAAAUCUUUCAGAGAUAUAUUCAACACCAUGGAAGCUCCAAUUUCACCUGCAAUCAACUACAUAACUGCUGAUCAAAACCAUCAUCAUCCUCCUUACAUACCUCAAUUUCAUGUGGUAGGGUUUGCACCUGAUGUUAGUGACGGGAGACCGAAAGAACAAGAGUUCUUGGAAAAUAAUAAUAAUACGAAUGGGAAUGGAAAUUCUCAGAUGUCGGGUAUCGAUUUCUUGUCGGUUUCCACGGGGUUAGGGUUGUCUCUUGAUAAUGGUAGGUUUGCUUCUUCUGGUGAGUCGUCUUUUGUUGGCGGCAGUGGUGGGAUUAUCGGAGAUGAUAUUGAACGGGAGUUAAGGCGACAGGAUGCAGAGAUUGAUAGGUUUAUGAAAAUUCAGGCUGACAGGCUCAGGCAAGCAGUCCUUGAGAAGGUACAAGCGAACCAGCUUCAAAUAAUCUCAUGUGUCGAAGAUAAAUACAUUCAGAAAUUGCGUGAAAAAGAAGCAGAGGUGGAAAACAUCAACAAGAAAAACAUCGAACUUGAAUUACAGGUGGAGCAGUUAGCCAUGGAGGCUGGGACUUGGCAGCAACGGGCCAAAUAUAAUGAGAAUAUGAUCAACACCCUGAAGUUUAAUCUUCAGCAAGUCUACACACAGGGAAAAGAUAGUAAAGAAGGAUGCGGUGAUAGUGAAGUAGAUGACACGGCUUCCUGCUGCAAUGGUCGUGCCAUUGAUUUCCACCUGCUCUGCAAGAGUAACAAUGGGAUUCGGGAAAUGAUGACUUGUAAGGUAUGUAGAGUGAAUGAAGUGUGCAUGCUUCUGUUACCAUGUAAGCAUCUUUGUCUUUGUAAAGAGUGUGAAAGUAAGGUUAGUAUGUGUCCACUCUGUCAGUGCUCAAAGUAUAUAGGUAUGGAGGUUUACAUGUAACCGGAUCUAGAUAACUACUAUGUGUUAAAUUUAUGUGCUACUAUUGUUGUUUAACAUGUUUGGAUUUGAUGACUAA